AGUCUGGUCUACGGGCUGAGUUCAGGAGAGGAUCCAAAUCUACACAGAGAAACCCUGUCUUGGGGAAAGAAAAAAAAAAAAGGUUCUUCAUAGAAGUAAAUUCAUCAUUAAUCUUAGUUCUUUUGAAAGUAGCUUAAAGGUCUUUAAUUUCUAACUUACUUUAUUGCUUUGCAAUUGUCAUUAUUAAUAAAUAUAAAGCACUUAUCAAAUCUAAGAUUUUCCCAUGGUGAGUGUGGUGACUUUUGUGAUCACAUCAUCAUUAAAAAGGAAUUUGGUGCCUUUCUUACCUGUUUCUCCUUAAUUCUUUUUGGUAUUCAGAUUUCUCCAAUGCUCUCUUGUGGCUCUGGAUUCAGUAAACUGGAGAUUGUAUGCAUCUUCUCACUAGAGUUUUCCUACUAAUGUUACUCAUUUUUCCUCUGCACUGUGCUCUCAGCAUUGGUGUAGCACACUUGCCCUUUACUGUGCUCAGCUCUUAUCUAUUUCUUCCCGUUACCUGUAGGAGUUUAUCAUAGAGUCUGUUGGCUUGUCUUAAGGCAUUUCUAUUAUACCAGGAUUUUCAGGUCACGGGCUUAUAUUUGUCAUGUGAUUUACUUAUUUAUUUAUUUGUUUAUUUAUAAUUCUGAUUAGUGAUAUUACUGGUACUAAUUUGUUUCAUUCUAGUUAGAAAUGGUAGUUCAAUGAUUUUGUUUGUUGAACACAGUUUGUUACUUCCUGGCUCUAUUCGUUAAUUCCUUAUAUAAAAUGCAUUAUUUGCUGUGUUCUCAUAAAUUAUUUCUUUCUGAUUUUUUUCUUUCCACACUUUUUUCUAAUGAUGGCUCACAGUGCUACAUGACUGGGGGAGCUGUGCUGUUUUAUAGGCUUCUUUCUGUGCCCUUCCUUCUCUAUGGAUUUUAAGAGCCCAUAUUCCUGGGUGCAACAAGGUUCUUAGUCAUUUUCUUUCCCCAUUCUAAAUACGUCUUUUGAUUCUCUCCUAUAUACAGGGAUGUUGAUAAGUUUUCUGGUAUCAUUUUGGUUUUAAGUCUUUUAAUGUGGUUUGGCAUUGUCUGUAACAGAAUUGUAUUGAUUUUAGCUUUGUAUUUUUGACAUUUUUUCUUGUGAAGUUUCAACAAGAAUUCCAGUCUUUGUUUCUGAGAGAGAAACUGAGAGAAGAACAAUGAGAAGAAUGAAUUCUUUGGUGACAAAUGCUCCACAGGGUCUGUUAUCAUUCAGGGAUGUGUCUGUGGACCUCUCACAGGAAGAGUGGGAAUUUCUAGACUGUGCUCAGAGGGCUUUGUACAUGGAUGUGAUGCUGGAGAAUUACAGCAAUCUACUCUUUGUGGGGAACCAUUGCAGAUUCGAUAAAUAUGAGACAGUCUUGGAUCAAGGCACAAAGCAUGAUCAUGUGAAUAUCCAAGAGAAGCCUUCUGAAUAUAAUGAACUUGGAAAAAUUAUGCUUGAAUCUUCUGAAAGUACACUGUAUGACAUUGCAGAAAACUGCAAAGAGGACAUAAACAGAUAUAAAGGUGGGAACACUGGAGAAGAACCUUAUACAUACAAAGAAUAUGUAAACUCUUUAGAUUUGUGUUCCAUUCUUAGUCAAAAUCAAAGAAUCCACUCAGGAAAAGAAGAACUCGAGGAUACAGAGUAUGAUGAACCUUUUGACUCUGAGCUUGUGCUCACAAUGGAAGGAGCCGAUGGUGCAAAGAAACCACUGCAAUGCCAGGAAUGUGGAAAAUGGUUCAAGAUGUACUCAAGCCUCACUAGUCAUCAGAAAACUCAUGCAGGAGAGAGACCUUCUGAAUGUAAGCAAGGGAGUGGGACCUUCUGUGCAUGGUCCCACCUUGAGUACCAUGGUCCAACCUGUACAGGAGAGAAACUUUAUAUAUGUAACGAGUGUGGUAAAUCCUUUUGUAGAUUUUCUCAUCUGAAAAGACAUCAGAUAACCCACACAGGGGACAAAUGUUACAAAUGUAAUCAAUGUGAGAAAUCCUUUACCCAGAAAGUCAGUCUUCGAGCUCAUCUGAGAAUCCACACAGGAGAGAAACCUUACAAAUGUAGUGAAUGUGACAGAUCUUUUACCCAGAAUACCCAUCUGAGAACUCACCAGAGAAUGCACACAGGAGAGAAACCUUACAAGUGUGGUGAAUGUGACAAAUCCUUUACUAAUAGUAGCCAUCUUAAAGCUCAUCAGCGAAUCCACACUGGAGAAAAACCUUACAAGUGUAGUGAAUGUAACUUUACCUGUGGCUCUCAUCUUAGAAGACAUCAGAAAAUCCACACAGGAGAGAAAACUUACAAAUGUAGUGAAUGUGACAAAUCCUUUGCCGAGAACAGCAGUCUUAGAGUUCAUCAGAAAAUCCACACAGGAGAGAAUCUUCACAAGUGUACUGAAUGCGACAAAUCCUUUAUCAGGAAAGGCUGUCUUAUAACUCACCAGAGAAUCCACACAGGAGAGAAACCUUACCAGUGCAGUGAAUGUAGCAAAUCAUUUACCCAGAAAAGCAAUCUUAGAACUCAUCAGAAAAUCCAUUCAGGAGAAAAGCCUUACAAAUGUAGUCAGUGUGAGAAAUCUUUUAUCCAGAAAGCCAGCCUUACAGCACAUCAAAAAGUUCAUAUGAGAGGUGCCUUAGGAAUGUAAAGAAUGCAGAAAAGUCUUACCUGCUUCUCGUGUAAGAAAUCACCUGAAAAUUCAUAACUGCGAAGAAAAAUUUCCAUAGAAAAUAACAUGGCAUUUGCUUCCACCAAACUCUGCCUUAACUGCGGUUGGAGCUUUGUGCUAGAGGAAUCAUGAGCAGGAGAAACUUGUGAAAACCUUUAAAUAAUGUUUAAUCUCGGAAACAAGAAUUUAUGUUGAGGGAAAUUCUGACAAUGUGACAAUGUAGGGAAUUUUUCAUUAAACUUUUACUUGUUCAACCUGGAAUACUUCAUAUUGAAGACACCUGAAGAACGUGCUGGCGUGCAAGAGUUUCCUAGAGACUGAACUGAUCCACUCUGAAAGGAACCUGAAUAAGGCAGGACAUAGAACGUGAAGCUCCAAAGAGCUUCAAGAAAUCCCUGAAACUGACCAGAUUCCAUAUGCUUAAAUGAAGAAACUCAGACAAAUCAUGCCUCUUAAAAGAAGAAAUUGAGUCACCAAGACGGGCUGGUUGCUGGUUUCUUUUUUCUUUUUUCUUUCUUUUUUUUUUUUUUUUUUGGUUUUUUUGUUUUGGUUUUUUCAUGACA